AUGUCUAGCAUAUCACAGUUCCUCAUGUACUCUUCACGCAGUGUCUCCCCCUCCCCUCAGGCCGAGCCUAAGCCUCGGCAGGUUUGGACUCCAGAGGAAGAUAGGUUACUCGCUGAAGCCGUGGCAAAGGAAACACCGGCCAAUGGUUCAAUCAACUGGUGCAAAGUCGCCCCCCACCUCUCCCGGCGAAACAACAAGGACUGCCGAAAACGCUGGCACUACAACGUAGCUCAUAACAUCCGCAAGGGCACCUGGACACGAGAGGAAGAUCAGAGACUGCGCGAGGCCUUUGAUAUUUACGGUCCGCGCUGGAGCAAGGUUGCUCAGGUGGUUGGUUCACGCAACGGAGACCAGUGUUGGAAGCGCUGGUAUGAUUGUCUGGAUCCAAAGAUUGAUAGAAGUCCGUGGACGCCGGAGGAGGAUAUCCUUCUCCUCCAAAUCGUCUCCCAACAAGGCCGUAACUGGACCGAGAUCGUCAACACUCACUUCCCCAAUCGCACCUCUCUGGCCGCCAAAAACCGCUAUAGCAUUCUCCGCCGCAGACAGGAAUCCGCUUCUUCUUCUGCUUCUUCACCUGCUUCCUCCCGCUCCAGGUCUUCAACCCCCUACUCCAAACCCACGGCCACGGGUAAUAGGGGCGGCAGGGCAACCAAAGCAACAGCAACCCCAAGCCCCAUGAUUAUGACAAGUCAACCACAAUACUUAUCACCAACACCACCCAUCUCAAGCCAACUCACUCCCGAGCUCGGGCAAUGCUUCACUUCCUCUCCUUUAUCGCUAUCAGACACGGAGUCUACUUCUACCCAAGGUUUCGGUCUAGGUCUUCUCCUUCCUUCAUCAGCGAUGUCGAUGGCGACGUCUUCAUUCCCGACGACGGCGGCGGCGGCGGACGCAGCUGGAUUUGAUUUGCUUUCGUUUGGCAAUAACGGGUAUAACUUCUCUCAGGACUGCGCAUGGACUUCUUACGCUCCUGAGAUGAUGGUAUCAGCGGCGCCUAUGGGGAUGGGAUAUGCCUCUGUCUCUGGCUCGGAUGCGUCACCUUCCCCAUCAGUAUCUACGACCUCUUCGUUCUCGUCAGCAUCAUCGCCACCAUCGUUGUCGCUGAACGGUCUUUACAUGCCUGUGGUUAACCACGGGGGGUUGGACUUCAACUACCCACCUGCGGCAACGCAGGCGCAAGCGCAACAACAGUUUGAGUUCAUUGUCCAAACACCCACGCCGACAGGGACAGGAACCCCGGUGGCGUAUGCGAGUUGGUGA